CAGCCAUGUUAGCAACAGGUAAAAAAACUGACAAAUGUAUAGAUAAUAACUCUAAUGUAAAUAAUAGAAUUGAUGCGUGUAAGCUCAGACAACCUGUUAAAUGGUGGGAUAAUGAAUGCUCAGAGAUAAUAGAGAAUAGAAAAAAAAACUAAAGAUAUGGAAACGGACAGGAAAAGUGGAGGAUUUUAUUGAAUUCAAAAAAAGUCGCGCACUAGCUAGAAAAGUCAUCAAUAGAAAGAAAAAAGAAGAUUUUAUUAAAUUUUGUAAUAGUAUUAAUAAACAUACUAGUAUGAAGUACGUUUGGAAUUCAAUGCGUAUAUAUAAGAAUGUAAGAAAUAAGAUUAACUGGAACGUUUGGCAACAUAAAGAUAGAGAACAAGAAAUAUGGAAUACGAUUGAAGAACUUGCUCCUCCAUGGGUUGCAGAGGAAAAAACAACAAGACGGAUAACAAAUACGACAGAUAGAGAGGAGUUGAAUAGGAUGUUUUCUAUGGAAGAGCUCUCCCGUGCCCUAUGGAUGAUUAAAAGAAACUCAGCUCCAGGGUUAGACGGAAUAGAUUAUAUAAUGCUAAAAAACCUACCGAAAAUUGGCAAACAAUUACUUCUAAGGUUGUUCAAUGAAAUUUGGAUGAGGGAUUGGUUUCCGUCGGAUUGGAGAAACUAUCAGAUUUUGUUUAUUGAUAAAAUAGGAAAAGAAAAAGUCAGACCUGUUGCACUUUCUUCAUGUGUAGGAAAAUUAAUGGAAAGACUGAUAAACGAAAGACUUAUUUGGUGGCUAGAAAAAGAAAAAAAGCUAUCAUCAAUGCAAAAUGGAUUCCGUAGGGGGAGAUCAUGUAUGGAAAAUUUAGUAAAGCUAGUAUCGGAUGUUCGUGGAACGAAUCUGGCCGACAAUUACACCUUAGCGGCUUUCUUGGACAUCUCAGCGGCGUACGAUAAUGUAGACUUUGAUAUAUUAAUAGAGAAAUUAAGAAGGGAAAAGUGUCCAACGGGUAUUUACAAUUUUAUUAGUAGAUGGUUAGAACCUCGUGAUACAUCUUUUGUGAUUAAUAACCAAAGAGUAGAAAUUAGAAAAGUUAACAAAGGCUUGCCACAGGGAGCAGUUCUUAGCCCUAUUCUAUAUGCGUUAUACACGAAUAAAUUGACUUCCAGAUUGGAAAAUUCAGUCCAAAUAGUACAAUUUGCGGAUGAUAUCGCGGUAUAUGUACAAAGUUCCAACAGAUUUGAAAAUAAAAUAAACUUGGAGGUAGCAGUUAAUAGAAUAGCGAAGAAUCUAGAAAUUCUAAAACUAGACUUGGCACCACAUAAAACAAAUCUGGUGGAAUUUUCUAAAAAGGGAUUCUGUGAUAAAAGGCUCUCUAUUAAUGUUAAGAAAACAAGAAUUUUUAAUAAUCAGGGAGCUAGAUUUCUAGGAAUUUGGUUAGAUAAUAAGCUGGAUUUGGAUAAACAAGUUAGUGAUAUUAGAGGCAAAGUUAGUAGAGCUAAUAAUAUUAUGAAAUACCUUAGUAAUAUAACUAGAGGCGUAGAAGUGAAUACUGCUUUGAUUCUAUAUAAAAGUAUAGUAAGAUCAGUUAUGGAUUACGGUUUGUUUGUGUAUAGUCCAACUUCAAAAUCUGUUCAACUUAAAUUAGAAAGGGGCCAAUUCCUGGGAAUUCGUACAGCUUUAGGAUAUAGAAAUAGCACGCCAAAUAAUGUGUUGAUUGCAGAAUCCAAGGUUAUUUUAUUAAAAGAUAGAGCUUUGAUGUUAGCUAAAAAUUUUUGUAGCAAAAUAUUUAAAUAUGGAGAAAAUACACUUAGAAAUAGUCUUAAUAACCUUCUAAACAAAGAGAUGUUUGCAAGAUAUAGAAAUCCAAGUUUUAAUAAGAGUACUAUUAGUGAAGCAUGGGAGUAUACGCGUCGUUUUAGCAACAGACUAGGUGCCCAAGAACACACUUUUGAAAUAUGGAACAUGGAAUAUAGCUCCCUGACUAAUGCGAUAAAUAUAGAUUUUGAAAUCGGCAAGAUCAUUAAAAAAAAAGGAAAAAAAAGUGACUGUGAUAUUAGUAAAAUAAAAGGAUAUAGGACUUUAGAUAUUAAAAUGAUUAACGAAAUUAAACAGAGAUAUAAGUUAGAUAAUAAAACUUUUAUUAUGUAUACUGACGGUUCUAAAGACAUAACGGCUCAAUCAACAGGUGCUGGUAUAGCCAUUGAGGAGCAAGACGAAGGUUAUUAUAUUAGUUUACCUAAGGAAUGCACAAUAUUUACGGUAGAGGCAAUAGCAAUUUCUACAGCUCUAAAGAUUGCAGAAAGUAGAAGGAAUUCCUUCAAUAAUGUAGUUAUAUUUUCUGACUCGAAGUCCGUUCUUCAAGCUAUCUCUCAAAAUAAUAUUAAUGUAUAUAAAAAUAAGUAUGUUCUUGAAAUAAGAAGGCUAUAUAGUCGAUUUAAAGAUCUUUAUUUUAAGAAUAUAUUGUUUGUAUGGAUUCCAUCUCACUAUGGAAUCUCGGGAAAUGAAAUUGCAGAUUUCCUAGCAAAAGCAGGCACCCAGGAACCGGCAAAUGUUGAAUUUGAUAUUCCUAUUAGAGAUUUAAGAAAUAUAUAUAAAAAUGAAGCGUGGAUAAGAACACAAGAAUAUGUUAUUAGAGAUUCUAGAUUGAAAGGAAAGUACUAUUUUUCUAACUUUUAUGAUAGGAACAGUAAAAUACCGUGGUUUGAACAUUUUAACGAGGAAAGAUAUUUUGUAACCUUUGUAAAUAGAUUAAGAGCGAAUCAUUAUAAUUUAAAUGCAUCGUUAGCAAGGAAAAACUAUAUAAAUGACACAAGAUGUGAUUGUGGCUACGAAUAUGAGGAUAUCGAUCACGUGAUUUGGCGAUGUCAUCGAUACGACGAAGAGAGAAUGAGAAUGGGAGACAUCUUAAGUAGCAGGAAUAUCGACGGAGUGGAAAGCGUUACAGACAUCCUGAAGAAAAAAGAUUGGAAGAAAUUUGGUGUUAUAUUCAAUUUUAUCAAGAAAUUGAACAGAAUUAUUUAAAAACUUACU